CGUGCGCCGGCUGCAGCCCCCCCGCACCGCUUGCAGGAUCGUGCACCUAUGCCUGCGUAAGGCCGACCAGAAGCUGGUGAUCAUCAAGCAGAUCCCGGUGGAGCAGAUGAGCAAGGACGAGCGGCUGGCGGCGCAGAAUGAGUGCCAGGUGCUCAAGCUGCUGAGCCACCCCAACGUCAUCGAGUACUACGAGAACUUCCUGGAGGACAAGGCCCUCAUGAUCGCCAUGGAGUACGCGCCAGGGGGCACGCUAGCGGAGUUUAUCCACAAACGGGGCAGCUCGCUGUUGGACGAAGACACCAUCCUGCACUUCUUCGUGCAGAUCCUGCUGGCCCUGCACCACGUACACACCAAGCAAAUCCUACACCGUGACCUCAAGACACAGAACAUCCUACUGGAUGAGCACCGCAUGAUCGUUAAGGUCGGGGACUUUGGCAUCUCCAAAAUCCUGAGCAGCAAAAGCAAAGCCUACACGGUUGUGGGAACUCCAUGCUACAUCUCUCCAGAGCUGUGCGAAGGGAAACCAUACAACCAGAAGAGCGAUAUCUGGGCCCUGGGCUGCGUGCUUUAUGAACUCGCCAGUCUCAAGAGGGCCUUCGAAGCUGCAAACCUUCCCGCCUUGGUACUGAAGAUCAUGAGCGGGACAUUCGCGCCUGUCUCCGAUCAGUACAGCCCGGACCUGCGGCAGCUCAUCCUCAGCAUGCUCCACCUGGACCCCUCCAGGCGGCCCCCCCUGAACGAGAUCAUGGCCCAGGCCCUCUGCAUCCGCCCACUCCUGAACCUCUACACCGACGUGGGCAGUGUCAAAAUGAAGAGGCCUGAGAAGCCCGUGGCUCCAGUGCCAUCAGUGACCCACAGCCGGGCAGGCAGACGAGUGACCAGUGCAAGGCCCAGGGGUGCUCGCAGCAGCUCUUCCAGGACCGGAAUCCCCCUUCCCCUGUCAUCUGUCUAUGCCUGGGGCAGCGGGAUCAGCACCCCGCUCCGGCUACCCAUGCUGAGCACAGAGGUGGUGCAGGUGUCGGCAGGGAGGACCCAGAAGGCCGGUGUCACAAAGUCAGGGAGGCUGGUCAUGUGGGAGGCUCCCCCCGUGGGCGCAGCUGGAGGGCCCUCGCUGCCAGGGGCCGUGGAACAGCUCCAGCCACAGUUUGUGUCUCGCUUCCUGGAAGGCCAGUCAGGAGUGACCAUCAAACAUGUGUCCUGCGGUGACCUCUUCUCCGCCUGCCUCACAGACAGAGGGAUCAUCAUGACAUUUGGCAGUGGCAGCAACGGCUGUUUGGGCCACGGGAACUUCAUGGACGUGACUCAGCCCAAGAUCGUGGAGGCACUGCUGGGCUACGAGAUCGUGCAGGUGGCUUGUGGCGCAUCACAUGUCCUGGCUGUCUCCAACGAGCGGGAAGUGUUUGCCUGGGGCCGGGGGGAUAAUGGUCGGCUGGGGCUGGGGACGCUGGAGUCCCACAAUUCCCCACAGCAGAUACCAGUCCCAUCAGAGCACGAGGCGCAGGGAGUCAUCUGCGGCAUUGAUGCCUCCAUGGUCCUGACCAUUAGUGGCCACAUCCUUGCUUGUGGGAGCAACCGGUUCAACAAGCUGGGCCUGGACUACAUCACGGCUGAGGAGAAGCCUUCUCAGGAGAACCAGGUGGAAGAGGCCCCUGCCCUUGUUUGCAUCCGCUCUGCUCCCUUGCUCCGCGAGCCAAUGGUGUGUGCUGACAUCGGCACAGCCCACUCAGCUGCAGUCACAGCUUCCGGGCAGUGUUACACCUUUGGCAGCAACCAGCAUGGGCAGCUUGGCACUGGCACCUGCCGCAGCAGUCGUGUGCCCUACCUGGUUGUGGGGCUCCAAGCCGUGAAGGUCACCAUGGUCGCCUGCGGCGAUGCCUUCACUGUGGCCAUUGGAGCAGAUGGAGAGGUCUACACAUGGGGAAAGGGAGCCAGGGGCCGCCUGGGAAGGAAGGACGAGGAGACCAGGAUGCCCCGGCCAGUGCAGCUGGAGGAGACGCACCCCUGCGUGGUGACCUCAGUCGCCUGCUGCCACGGGAACACGCUGCUGGCUGUAAAACCAGCACUAGAAGAGCCGGCCCCAUUGUGAGGAGCAGCUGCAGCCCCCCCAGAUGGCUGCAGGAGGCUUCCCCCUGCACUUCUGGCCCACAGGCCAGUGCUGCUCACCCCAGCGGGGCCGGAUCCUGCACCGGAGGGCUGUGCUGGAGGAUGCUCCUGAGAGCACUAGGACGGUGACUGAGCAUUGGGGCCCCUGUGGUUCCUGCAGAGACCCCGGAGCACUGGGAUCCCUGGGGGCUGUCUCCAUGGGUCCCCCGUCUCCCUGUGCCUAUGCGGUAGCAGCUGCCAGGACAGGCCUCAUCCCCUCCUUUUAGGGGCUGCUCCUGACCGUGUGACUGUUCAGAGAGCCGGGCCAGGGGCUGUGCGGUGCCAGCGAGCAGGGCCGUAGUGUCUCUUCCGCCGCCACCACUCCAUCCCCACACGUGGGCUGGCAGCCGGCGUCUGCGGCUCCACAGGAGCAGCUGCUGCCAUGGCCCUGGGCUCACAGGGUGACUCGGCACCAAAUUCCUGGUUUUUCUUAUUCCCAAAGUCUAUUUUUUCUUUGGAGCAUUCUCCCCGACAGCUGACCCA